AUGACGCGUGAGGACACCCUUCCGACUCGGCCGAUGCCAAAGGCCCCCACCACCAAGGUGGAUUUCAACAGCCUUAAGGCACCGAGCGGCUACGUCCCAGGUCUAGGCCGUGGUGCAGCAGGUUUCACGACGCGAUCAGAUAUCGGUCCUGCUCGGGCGGGCGGCUUGGACGCUUUGAAAGGAGGGAACCCCUCUUCCCCCCUCUCCUUUCCCUUUCGCAAGGCCCCCGGCUCGAAGGCUGGAGGUGACAAUGAGGAGGCGCUGGAUGACACCAAGUUCGAUGAGUUCAUGGGUAACGACGCGGGUGUGUUCGCGGCCACGGGGGAGUACGACGAGGACGAUAAGGAGGCGGACGCGGUGUGGGAAACGGUGGACAACUUCAUGGACGAGCGGCGAAGGGAGGCUCGUGAGAAGCGGCUCAAGGAGGAGUUGGAGCGGUACCGGGCGGAAAAUCCCAAGAUUACGGAACAGUUCGCCGACCUGAAGAGAAAGCUGACUGAGGUGUCGUACGAGGAGUGGGAGUCCAUCCCCGAGAUCGGCGACUACACCAUCAAAAAACAGCGCCGCAUGGAGCGGUUCGCGCCCGUCCCCGACUCCCUGCUCGCUCGCGCCGCAGCGGAGGCCGCCAGCGCCUCAGCGGCCGGGGGCAGUCUGGCCAAGUCCCUGGACCCCAACAGCGGCCUGGCCUCCGUGGGUGGCGGUCUGAAUGGACUGGCGACCCCCAUGGGGGGCGCCACAUCCACCGUGUCAGAUCUGACCGCCAUUGGUACGGGUCGUGGCACUGUGUUGGGUCUGAAACUGGACCGCAUGGCUGACUCCGUGACGGGUCAGACGGUGGUGGAUCCCAAGGGCUACCUCACGGAUCUCAAAUCCAUCAAGAUCAGUACGGACGCCGAGAUCUCCGACAUCAAGAAGGCCAGGCACCUGCUCAAGUCGGUCAUCCAGACCAACCCGCGACAUGCGCCGGGGUGGAUUGCGGCGGCAAGGCUUGAGGAGGUGGCGGGCAAGCUGGCGGAUGCGCGCAAGCUCAUCAUGCAGGGCUGUGAGCUGUGCCCCAACAGCGAGGACAUAUGGCUGGAGGCGGCCAGGCUGCAGACCCCCGACAACGCCAAGGCCCUGUUGGCCCGCGGCGUGGCUCAACUGCCCGAGAGCACCAAGCUGUGGAUGGCGGCCGCCAAGCUGGAGACCGACGACACGGCCAAAGCACGAGUGCUCAGAAAGGCCCUGGAGCGCAUCCCCACCAGUGUCCGGUUGUGGAAGGCGGCGGUGGAGCUGGCGGAAGAGGACGAUGCGCGCAUCCUGCUGAGCCGGGCAGUGGAGUGCUGUCCGCAGGCGGUGGAGCUGUGGCUUGCGCUGGCGAGACUGGAGACCUACGAGAACGCGCGCAAGGUUCUCAACAACGCCCGCAAGGCCGUACCCACGGAGCCCGCCAUCUGGAUCACCGCCGCCAAGCUGGAGGAGGCCAACGGCGCGGAGCAGGGCCAGGUGGAUAAGAUCGUGGCGCGAGCCAUCAAGAGCCUGUCCACCAACGGAGUGGUCAUCCACAGAGACGCCUGGAUGAAGGAGGCGGAGAAUGCGGAGCGCAGUACCCCCGCGCCGCACGUGCUGACCUGCCGGGCCAUUGUGCGAACGGUGUACUCGCUGGGGGUGGAUGCGGCGGAUCUGGAGGCCACGUUGGUGGCUGAUGCGGAGGAUGCGGCCAAGAGGGGCAGUGUGGAGACGGCCAGGGCGCUGUAUAGCCAGGCGCUGACCACCUUUCCGUCCCAGCCACACAUCUGGCGGCAAGCCGCCCAGUUGGAGAAGGGGCACGGCAGCCGGGCACAGUUGGACGAGCUACUACGGCGCGCCGUACAGUUCUGUCCCCAGGCAGAAGUCCUAUGGCUCAUGGCGGCCAAGGAGGCCUGGCUGGGCGGGGAUGUGGACGGCUCACGUGCCAUCCUGGCGCGAGCUUUUGCUGCCAAUCCGGAUUCGGAGCAGAUUUGGUUGGCGGCGUUCAAGCUGGAGUUUGAGAACAACGAGCCGGAGCGCGCUCGUGCGCUGCUGGCCAAGGCGCGUGAGAACGAGGCUGCCAGCAGCUACCCCCGCGUGUGGAUGAAGUCGGCCAUUGUGGAGCGGGAGCUGGGCGACGCGGGCAAGGAGAGGGCGCUGCUGGAGGAGGGCAUCCGGCGGUUCCCCACCUUUGAAAAGUUCUACUUGAUGUUGGGGCAGCUGGAGCAGCGGUGCGGCAGCACAGAUGGGGCGAGAGUGGUGUACAGGUGGGGCAGGGAAGGGGGAACGGAGGGAGGGGGUAGGGGAACCAUAUGCCAGGUGGGGAUGGGGAAAGAGGAAAGGCUGGGGGCCCCGUCCUGGCGGGGUCGGCGGCGUAAUGGGCCGAAUCGGAAGGAGGGCGGCGUCCUCAAGAGUACGGGCGGAUUGGGUUCGUUGCUGUUGAUGCUGUUGUCUCCACCCCAUCCCCCGUCACCCCGUUUUGUGGUCCCGCAGGUUGAGAAGGCUCGGUCCUGGUUCAAUCGGGCGGUGACCCUCAAUCCCGACAUUGGCGACCACUGGGCGCACUUCUACAAGUUCGAGUGCCAGUUCGGAACACCGGAACAGCAGGCGGACGUGUCAUCCCGGUGUGCGGCUGCCGAGCCCCACCACGGGGAGCGCUGGUGCCGAGUGUCCAAGGACCCUCGUAACGCCCACCAGCCUGUGGAGGUGCUCCUGCGGAGGACCGUACAGGACCUGGACUCCCUGCCACCGCCCUGA